AUGGCAAUUACCCUCCCAACCGUCUUAAUCACCGGCUGCAGUGCUGGUGGAAUUGGAUCUGCUCUGGCUGAAGAGUUCCACACUCGCGGCCAUCAUGUCUUCGCAACAGCGCGUUCUCUAUCCAAAAUGUCCCAUUUGGAGAGUCUCCCCAACAUAACCCUACUAGAGCUUGAUGUCACAUCAGAAGAUAGUAUCAACGCCGCUGUUAAGUCUGUCGCGGCUAAAACAGAUAGUAAAUUAGACUAUCUUGUCAACAACUCCGGGCAGGCUAUGACAAUGCCUGCGUUGGACACGGAUCUGGACCAAGCGAAGAAGCUAUUCGACGUGAACUUUUGGGGAGUGGUUGCUGUCACUCGGGCUUUUUCUCCGCUGGUUGUUGCUGCUACUAAAGGGACUAUUGUUGAUAUUGCUUCGCUUGCCACUGUUUUCUAUGUCCCGUGGAUGGCUUUCUACAACGCUUCCAAGGCAGCAAUAAGAUCCUACGGCGAAACCCUCCGCCUUGAAAUGGCCCCAUUUGGAGUCAAAGUAAUGACAGUCAUGACCGGCAUGGUAGGAACAAACAUCAGCACCAAUUCUCCAGAGGUGGAACUCCCUCCAAACUCACGGUAUCAUGGAGCCAUUGACCAAAUCAAUGAUCUACGCAUUGGUGCAUCUGUUGGCUCUAGUAUGCCUGCCUCGGUGUAUGCUAAGCGGGUUGUGAAUGAUGUGCUUCGCGGCACGACUGGCCUAACUUGGAGAGGGAAGAUGGCGUCUGUGGGACGCACAAUUACCUCUAUCUUUCCGACCUGGCUGAUAUAUUCGUCAUUGUCAUGA